CUGAAUCCCUGUGCAGAUCCGCCGGAGGCGCCCAUUGUUAAAGUGGACAGUCUGUCCACUACUGACGCAACGCUGAUGUGGGAAAUGGUGGUCAGGGAUGACGGCGGCAAUCAAGUGGACGGCUUUAUCAUCAGUUAUCGCACCGACACCACCACCGGUAGUGCCAACAGCGGCACCGCUGGUAGUGAACAGUCAGCGCAAUGGGAGACAAUACAAUUGACUCGUCAGCACAAAAACUAUGUCCUCAGGAAUUUGAGAUGCGGUACCACUUAUAUUGUUAAGAUCGAGGCCUUCAACGAAGUGGGCACCGGUAGGCCCAGCGAUGAAUUGCGAUUCACUACACAAGGAAAGGCGCCCAUAGCCGGAGAACGAUCUCUAAUUUUCACGCCAAACAUAACGUUUGUUUUGCUUCAUCUGAGCCGAUGGUCAGACGGCGGCUGUCCUAUCAGUCACUUUAUCGUACAAUAUAAGCCCAGACAACAGGCC